AUGAGUGGAGACAGCAAGGCGGUUGCAGCUGCAGCACCGGACCAGAAGAAGGACAAGCAGGACGCCAAGAAGGACCAGAAGAAGGACAAGACGUCGCCUGAGACGGCUGUAGUCCCCGUGAAGGAGCCGCUGCCGUUGAAGGAUCUCAAGACGGACAAGAUCACCGGCACGCUGCAGGAGAUCGCGGCGCUGCAGAAGACUCUGCCCAGUGAGAAGGAGAUCGCGGAACUGAUCGUCAAGCUCCGCCGGGUGUCGUUCGAGAACGCGCACACGUUGUUUGACCUGUACCGCAACUACGGAAACCCGUUCCUGGACGAGAACUUCUUGACGCCUGGUGUGAUUGCGUGCUGUGAAGCCAAGAAGCCGGCGGAGGGUAUCCACAUUGUUCGGGACAUGCUCAACCAAGGACGCAAGGUCGACGAGGCGACGCUGCGGACGCUGUUUGAUGCCUGUGAUGAAGCUUCCGCUGCGGUGGAAGUGAUCGAGCUCUGGGACCUGAUGGAGCAGGCUGGAGUGAAGCUGAAGCUGGCUGACUACAACCGUUUCUUGGACAUUUGCUACCGCCAGGAGUAUCUCGAUGGUGCGGUCAAGGUGCUGAAGCAGCUUCGCUUGCUGCGCCCGAUUUCAGUGCACACGUACAUGCAUUGGCUGCUGCGCGCUUCAAUUGUUUGGCGGUCGGAUGCAUUCUUCGACAUCCUGAUGGAGAUGCGGCUCUCGGAAGUUGAGCCGGAGAUCAGUUCUCUCACGUCUCUCGAGUCGGGACGUAAGGAUCGUGCUCUGACGGUGAUGGAGGGGGUGCGUGCGGUGGGGCUUGACCCUUGCUUCGCCAUGUCGUCUGUGUUUUCGUCCAUGCAGUCAUCUGUGUAUCAAAAUGGACCGAGCUAUUUGGCACUGUCGAAGAAGGAUAUCAAGGAUGCGCGAGCGAAGUUUGGUGACCUCACCCCGAUCGACUUGGAGUGGCCAGUGACCCCAAUCCCACAGGUUCUGGAGACCCAGGCGGCAGGAUUGAUUCUGCAGCAAGAAACGUUUCGCCGGCUGAAGAGAAAGCAAGUCAACCAUAUCGAUGAAUUGCUGCAAAUGCUGCCUAUCACGACCAACAUGACCAUCAACCUGCGCAAACAAUUGCUGCGCAUGUCGCUGCUGGUUAAUACGCACCGAGUUCGCCGCGAUAGAGAUACUAUCUGCAAGGAGUACGACAGUGGGCGUAGCCUUAUCGAGCUCUCGACGGUUCACAACUACCCCCCGGUGUCGCUCAUGCGAGUCAUUCUUCGUGCGAAGGGCAAGAGCCAGGUCGAGAUCAAGAACUCUCUGGCCAAACCCGCAGAAAAGCUAUCAAAACGCGAUCAGUAUGAACUGCGGAAGGCCAUCGAGUACGACAGUAUUCACAAGAGUGACCCAUUUAUUGGUGCGCCCAAGUACAAUGCUGACUCUCUGGAGAGAGCUAUUGAGCACUUCCUCAAGGCCAAGGGCAUUCGCUUGAAGUACGUUGGCACGCAGAUAGCUUCCUUGCUAGUAGCAUUCUUAACCGAUCUGUUGUUUUCUUGUAACAAUGCAGAACCCAGGCAGAGUUGUGUACAGAGCAGAUAG